UCGACUGUUUGGCUCGCAUCUCCGAACUACCGCUGAUUUGUGUUCGGGAGGCACAUUUCUCCCCCUCGCUUAGGCUAAAGCGGCCCUUCCGAGAAAUCCGCGCAGUCGCUGUCGGGAGCCUCGCCUUGUCAAGAGAACCGGGAAGCGCGUGCAGGGCUGUAAAUUCCGUGGCUGGCCCAGUGUUACUGGAAAUAGAAGGCAAAUCUACUGUGCUGCAUCAGAUCGCCGGAGAGAGAGACUGCACCUCACGGCCCUUCAGUUUCAGUAACCUCACAGCACUCUUUCUUUUUGCCAUUUCUUCGUGACAGAGGCCAGUUAUCCAUUUAGGAAGCAUUCAUUGCCAUUAAAGGAUGCCAGAGCCAAUUUUUACCAACUGUGGAUUCUUCCUGAAACUGAAAAAAUUAACCAUCAAAAGGAAGAACUUGCUGAAGGAUUGCAUUAAAGAAAAUGGUGGGCAGAUAACGUUUUCAGUAAAUGCUGAGUGCACUCACGUUGUCACCGAUGAUGCCAAUACACUCAGUGCUGUUCACUUGAAAGCCAUCCAGAAGAAGCAGCUGCCCAUUGUAGGUGUUGAUUUCAUAUGGGACUCAGUCAAAGAAAACAGACUUUUACCACCUUUAAACUGUGAGCCCUUGAAGACAUCAGAAAAUACAACUGGUCAGAGUCCAAACUGCUGCAUAGAUACUCUGCUAACAGAGACUGGGACAGGUGGUCCUGCAGAUGUGAAGAUCAUCUCUGUUUGUGAGGAAGACAGUUUUCUGACUGUGUUAAAUGGCCUAUUGGAUGAGAGCAAGUCAAGUGACAGCAGCGAGUCAAGUGACAGCCGCAGCGCAGAUGAACUAAGAUGGUUUUCAGAUAAUGAUAAAGAUAUUCCUUAUUUUCCUGAAGACUUUGAGAUUGCAAAGUAUGAUGUCCUCGAAAAGGUUUCAGCACAUGGUGAAUAUGCUGUUGUUGAACUUCAGUGUGCUUCUCAGUUUCGGGAUCACCUCUUCCUCAUAUGCACACAUUACAGUGUAUUAGAUGGAGUCCAGGACCAAAAGCAAUAUGCACCGGCUAACACUUCUGAGGAGGCACGAAGAGCCUAUGAGCUUUGUAUUGAACAUCUGAAGAAAGCAGAUUUUGAAUUAAGAAAAGACUUUCCACAUGAAGCAGAGCAUUUAGCUUCAACAAAAUUACAAGAGAUGCUUGUUGAAGAAGCCAUCAAUUGCAGCACAUUGUCUGAAGAAGUUGGUGUGUUCGUGGAACUGAUCUGGGCUGAAGCACUCGGGUUCUUGAACCAUCUGUUACUUAAGCCAGUAACUAGCAUCAGCCUAAAUGAUGUGAGCAAAGCAGAAGGCAUUCUGCUUCAGACCAAGAAGGCAUUGGAUGAAGGGAAAUCUCCCAGAGAGCUGACUGCACUGAUAGAAGAAUUCUACAAAAUCAUACCUCAUAAAAGCAGGCUAGAAGACAACGUUUGCAAAAAGCUGUUAUCUAACAAGCAGGAUCUCUGCCAGCUAAUCAGGGAUAUGCUGAAUGUACAUGAAACAAAUCUGUUCAGUCCUAACCCGCCAUCCCUUUCCAAGUACCGGGCUUUGGGGUGCAAGAUAGAGGCUCUGGAUGCAAGUAGUGAAGAGUUUAACAGAGUUAAACAGCAAGUUGUUCAAAGUAACUUCAGCAAAUGUCCCGUAGAAGUUUUGCAAAUAUAUAAUGUCGGCAGAAGAAGAGAAAUGGCUGCUUUUGAGAGUACUCUUGGCAACAUCCAGUCCUUAUUCCACACUUCAUCUCCUUGCAACUUUGUUGGCAUCCUUUCUCGGGGCCUUCUCCUGCCAAAGGUGGUAGUUGAAGAACACGGCAUCAAAAGAACUGAUUCUGGAAACUUGGGUAGCGGCAUUUAUUUCAGCAAUUCAAUAAGUACAAGCAUCAAGUACUCUCAGCCUAAUAAAAUAGAUGGAACUCGAUUGCUAUUGAUUUGUGAUGUAGCACUUGGAGGUUGUUUGGAUACUUAUCAGAAGGAUAUUUCAUUAACUACUGCCCCGUCAGGCUAUGACAGCAUGCAUGGAAUUCGCAAGACAAAAGGCAGUGAUUCAGCUUUCCAGGAUGAUGAGUUUGUGGUAUAUAGAACUAGUCAGAUCAAAAUGAAAUACGUGGUUAAGUUUUGCCUUGCCGAUGACGAAGUAAAGGAAUUCCAUCCCACAAUCCAGACUGAGCUAGAAGACCAGGCGCCUGUCCUAGAGUAUCCGUCACAACGUGAAGAUUAUGAGAUACCAAGCAAAAAUAUGCUGAAUGAUACACCGGCUGGUCUUCUGGACAGAUCUGGAAACCCAAUCCCUCUGCAAGAUAUUCAUAUCAAGGGAAGAAUAAUAGAUUUUGUAGCACAGGUGGUAGUUUUUCAAACCUAUGAAAAUACAUCUGACAGCUCCAUUGAAGUCAAAUAUGUCUUUCCAUUGGAUGACACAGCUGCUGUAUGUGGAUUUGAGGCUUUCAUCAAAGGGAAGCAUAUAAUAGGAGAGGUGAAGGAAAAAGAAAAAGCUCACAGGGAAUACAGAGAAGCUGUCAUGCGAGGUGAUGGAGCUUAUCUGAUGGACCAGGAUGCACCUGACGUUUUUACUGUUUCUGUUGGAAACCUGCCACCUUCAACCAAGGUCUUAAUCAAAAUCACCUACAUAACAGAGCUGAUUUAUGAGUUUUCUAGUCUUUCUUUUCAUCUGCCUGCAGCUGUGGCACCUUGGCAACAAGAAAAAGCGCUGAAGGAAAAAACACAGGACACAAUAAGAAAAGUUUUUGUUAAGCAAAUAGGAACAAAACCAGGUGGGUUCUCUUUGGAGAUGUCUAUUGAAAUGCCCUUUAAGAUUAACAACAUUAGCAGCUGUACACAUCAACUUAAAAUAAAGAAAACAGACUGUAAAGCUGUGAUCUGUACAGUGGAGGACAGUUCCUUGGAUGCCGCUGGGUUUGCGGUGACAAUCAUGAUUGGCGAUGAACAUUUGCCCAGAAUGUGGGUAGAGAAGCAUCCGGACAAAGAGACCGAGGCAUGCAUGCUUGUAUUUCAGCCAGAGUUUGCUGCACCAUUUGACUCUCCAAGCUCCUGUGGAGAAACAAUCAUCUGCCUAGACUGUUCCAAUUCUAUGGCAGGUUCAGAAAUCCAGCAAGCCAAGCAGAUAGCAUUAUGUGCCCUGAAGUUUUGCUGGCAUAUGCCACGGCUAAAUGUUAUAAAAUUUGGUACAAAUUUUGUACAGUUUCCUUUCAAUCCUGAAAACUUCACAAUGGAUUUUACUGCUCUGGAGGAGUUUGUUUUAUCUGCUACUCCUUCAAUGGGAAACUCUGAUUUAUGGAAGACGUUGCAUUACCUGAGUUUGCUGUAUCCUUCUAAAGGCAAACGUAACAUUCUUCUAAUAUCUGAUGGACAUAUUCAGAAUGAAGGCAUGACCUUGAAGAUUGUGAAUCAAAACGCACAACACACCAGAAUAUUUACAUGUGGAGUUGGGUCCACAGCAAAUUGUCACAUGCUGAGAUCUUUGUCCCAGUGUGGAGCUGGAGCCUUUGAAUAUUUUGAUGUGAAGUCAAAGCAUAACUGGGAGAGAAAGAUAGAACAUCAGGCCACUCGAAUGCGUUCCCCAGGAUGCAGUGCGGUCUCCAUUAAGUGGCAACAGUUUGAUACAAACGCACCUGAGCUAACGUAUGCCCCUGCUCAGAUACAAUCUUUGUUUAAUAAUGAGCAUCUUCUAGUCUAUGGAUUCAUCUCCCGUUGUACUCAGGCCACUUUAAAUGCACUAAUAGAUGACCAAGAAUUGCAGACGAUGGUAUCAACAACUGAAUUGCAGAAGACAACGGGAACCAUGCUCCACAAACUUGCAGCAAGAGCUUUCAUUAAGGAUUAUGAACAAGGGAUUCUUCACGAGGAUCAAGCAGAACAUGAAAUGAAGAAACAACAGUUGAAAUCCCUGAUCAUUAAACUCAGUCUGGAGAAUUCCAUCGUGACUCAGUUGACAAGUUUUGUGGCAGUCGAGAAGCGGGAUGUGAAUGAAGACCAGGGUGAUGAUACUCUGAAUGUUUCAGAACUUGUAGCCAAGGAGGACAUAGACAUCUUACCGUAUAUGCGGUAUCAACUAUCAGAUUACCAUUUCGACACUGAUGUGAAUGAAGACCAGGGUGAUGAUACUCUGAAUGUUUCAGAACUUGUAGCCAAGGAGGACAUAAACAUCUUACCCUAUAGGCGGUAUCAACUAUCAAAUUACCUUUUCGACACUAAGCCUUGUGCUGUCGUAGAAGAAUGUUUUGAUGUUACGUAUGAACACAAUAGACAGAAGGUGUCAAAAGCUGGAUGGCCGUCUUUGAACAGCGUGGAGGAAGUCCCGGCACCGUGUUACCUUCCUGUUGCUCCUUCAUUACAGGAAAUGCCUUUAUUCUCCUUCUCUGCCCAACAAUCACCGUCAACUUUCAUGAGUGGUUUGGGUUCAGCUUCCCGAGGUGCCGUGUCAGCUGUCCCCAACUUGUUUGGGCAGGGGAUAAAUUUGGAAGGUGAACAUCCAACGCCUUUCAGGGAUGAGAGUCUAUUAUUGUCUAGCCAAGUAUUCUCACCACAAUCUGCAGCCACUGGCUUAUUUGGUUCUGCUCCUACACCUGCAUUCAAAGGAGUCUGUCGACAAAGGAUGGUUUUGGAAAGUGGUCCUCCUAUGCCUUCGCAAAAAGAUCACAGCCUAUUAUUUUCAGAACAGGAUUUUUUAUCGUCACAGCAGCCCACAAACUUUUCUGUUCCUGUCAUAGCAGGUUUGGACCCCAACAUCUCUGUGGGAGGAAGAAUUAUGAGCAGUGGGCCUCCUGUGCAAGAUAAGUACCCGUUAUCAUCUGCCCGGCCAUUGAGAUUGCAAGCACUAGCCAGGUGCUUCUCUCCUAGAGCUAAAGCUGCUCGGCCAGUUGUCCAACGUGCACCUCGGCUGGGGACACCUGCAGCGGCUGACCAUGAUACGCCUUUGCCAGAAGGCCGGAGGCCACUUCCAUCUCCGGCUAUUUUAUUUGCGCAGCAACCACCUCCUUUCCCCUCCAGACUUCAUUUACCAGUUUGGACUCCGGAGCUGUCUGAAAAAAGAUCACAAGAGACUCUACAGCCAAGAAGGCCAUUCAUGAAGGCCAAGAAGAAGAAAUCUGUGGAAAGCUACUUCACCAUGCCUGCUGUACAAACACCCCUGAGUACUGUAUCCUGGCCUCAACUCUGUAAGCUGCAGAAUCAGGAUGGUUAUUGGCAGCUCACUCCUGAACUUGGGACUCUUUUGGAACUUGACGUGGAUCAUUUAGUCAAUGUCUCCUUAACAAAAAGGGGAAUUCAGUCUCUUGGUCCCAAGGGGAAAGAGAAGCUGUUGCAGUUGAUUGCUACACUUCUGGUACUGCAGGUUAUACGUUUCAAGCAACUGGAAGGACUCACUUUCAAAUCUCUAAUGAAACUGAAUGACUGGCCCCCAUCACGCGCAUUUGAUGCAGUAAAGAAAGCAGUUGAAUGGGCAAAAAGAACUCACCGCCAGUUCCCUGCUAUCUGCCAGCGUCUUGAACUUGGAAAAGACUGGGACUCUGCCACUAAGAAGCUGUUGCGUAUUGAAAUAAUUGGAACCAACACACACACCCCUCCUCCUUUCCAACAGUAAAUAAAAGGAUCCCCUACUUCAGCCUUGUAACCCAUCUCCACAACAAUGGAAUAGAGGGGGAAAUACUGUUGUACAUUUCUUUGACUACAAUCAUAAAUAGGCAAAUUUAUUUUAACUGAUUAAGCAUUUCUUAACAAUCAGCCCAUUUAUAACGUAGCUUUGAAAUUCUGGAUUAUAGCCACAAGUAGAGAAAUACAUUAUUGUGACUACUUACUAUUGCAUAACACACCUCUUGAUUUAGACUGAACUUUGAUCUUUCGGGAAACUGAACUGUAUUCACCCCCUACCAGGAGAAUAUACCAUUACCAUAGGUUCAAUUGAUUCAAGAUUUCUUAAUAAAUAUUUACUGUCUUUAAAUA